UAAAAUCACGCCUUGUUGUAUUUUUUUUAAAUACAAAAGUUUUUGUUUUUUUGUUUUGAAUGUCGUCUGAUAGUCUUUUGUUUUUGUGAUAUGUGUGCUUUUUAGUGAAUCUAAAUAAGACUGAGAAGAGAAUUGGAUUUGCAAAUCAUUUACAAUGUACCCGGAUGUGGUGAUCUUUUUGUGUCUCUUCUCCACGCCAGUCUUGACAGCGACGCUUGAACAGUCACGAAGUUUGUGCAGAAAUAACCAAUGGCAGUGCAGCAAUGGCGACUGCGUGCCCUUGGAAGCAAAAUGCGACGGCACUCUGGACUGUGCCGAUGAAAGUGACGAGUCUGAGACGUUUGCAAGCUGUCAUAGGAAAACUAAACCAGUAUCAGGGCGCAAUUGUGUGGUGCCCCCUUAUCCCGACAAUGGUCGUUACAUUUUUUGGAGUGUACCCAACGCCUCUCCAGGACAGCUCUACUUCAGUUUGCUUCUGAAUGUGUCGUGCAAUCUAGGGUACGACGUGAUUGGAAAAAACUUUGCAUUUUGCGUGGGUGGGAUGUGGUCUAUGGCUCCACCCAAAUGUGUCCGUGCAUGUGGCACAACUACCCCAUCUGGCGAUUUACUCCGCACGGAUGGGCACGGGCGUGACUGGCCAUGGCACGCUAGUAUAUACAAGAAAACUACCACACCCUAUAUGCAGUUAGGUGAAGGCACGCUUAUUAGCACAACUGUUGUUAUAUCAGCGGCCCACUGUUUUUGGACGGAUGUGGGGAAACUCCAGCCAGCCGAGAACUACGCUGUAGCUGUCGGCAACCUUUACCGCCGUUGGGAUGACCCUAGAGACGUUGGUGCUCAGAAAUCCGAUAUAAAGGACAUCAAAAUCCCAGUACGAUUCCAAGGCGCCAUCACCCAUUACCAGGAGGAUAUCGCCAUAUUGAGAAUGACUCAGGCAUUCGAGUACAAAAUCUACGUGAGACCAGUAUGUCUCGACUUCGAUGUUAACUUUGACAAUACACAAUUGCAGAGCGGGAAGUUGGGAAAAGUGGCAACUUGGAAUGUACCAGGAUUAAAUAUAAACAAGCCUCCAGCCCUGAAAGUGGUGGAAUUGUUCUAUAUGGAUAUCACAGAGUGCCUAGCUAAUGUACCUCCGGGUUUCAGGGAGUACAUCACUAGUGACAAGAUUUGCGCUGGAUAUAGUAAUGGUACAGGUCCAGCCCUAUGCAAAGGUGACAGCGGCGGCGGCCUAGUGUUCCCCAAUAUAGAGAGUGGCGUAGAACGCUUUUACCUUCGCGGUAUAAUGUCCGUAGCACCAAUCAAUGAAAACAACGGUUGCAGCACUUUGAGUGGCUUCACGCAGAUUUUAAAGCACGAACAUUUUAUUAGGGAACAUGCUCUAGACAUCAUAUGAUUUCAACUAGGUAACCCUUCUUUUAAGGAAAGUUCUAGUUAUAUCGACAGACAUGAUACUGCUUAGAAUGUAAUGUAAAUUUUUUGUUGUUUAUGGGUCGCCCCAUAUUGCCGCCAGGCAGGCCGCGACGUGGCGAUGCGUCAAAACGCUUUUUUUGUUGGAAAGGGGGUACUUCCAUAGUGGUCCCACUUUAUUUUGAAGAAAAUCAUCCACCUUUAAUGGUGGCUGUUCACGCAUGAAGAUUCAUUUUUAUAAAUAGCGCCU